AUGGCAUCGCAUUCGAUCGAGAAUCUUGGACCAGUGUCGAAGUUUCUCGGUAUAAGAGUGACGGCACUCGACACGCACGCAUAUGUCCUUGACCAGGAGGAGGCUAUUGGCGAGCUGUUGCGUGAGCACGGCAUGGCUUCGGCCAACCCCACGCGGACGCCUAUUGGUGACGAUUGCUACGAAGAAGUCACGCCAGAUAGUGCGCUGUUGCAGGAAAACCCAGAAUUUGGGUCACCAAGUGUUCUUUACAAAGCCACGCGCCAGACACAUGCACCGCGCGUUCGAGACUGGAAACUUGCGAAGAGGAUAGCGCGCUAUCUUAGUGGCAGCAAGGCGAUGCGGCUUGAAAUGCGCACUAAUACCGACCGCAACGAACAAAUAACGCUCGAUUCUUACAGUGAUGCCGACUUUGCUGCCGACAAGGGAGACAGAUAA